UGUUACUGGUACGUGCAGUUUUAGAACUGCAAGACUUCAAAGCAGACGACAAAGAACGCCGGCGGAAUAUAGCCGAUAUGGGCGAAGUACUCGAAGUCGUAAGCCAACCCAUUUGGGACAACUCAUAGUCAUAGUCAUACAUGAGACAGCUGAACCGGCCGGCCUCCUUGUUGUUUCCUUCACCUCUAGAUUCCAUCCUGCCCGCCCAUCCUCUUUACCACUACUCGAUCUCUUUGAUGCUCAUGACACAUUCCAUCCAUGGCUCACUCCUCCUUCGAUAUCGACUACUCCCGCCGCCACAGCCCCACCCCCGCCGGCUCUCAUUCCAGCAGCUCUCAUCACAUGUCCCGUCAUUAUCCCACCCCUAGAAGAAACAGGAACCCAUCUCCGCCAACGCCUUUUGCAUCGGACUAUGACGUGUCCUGGCAAACCGAGCUCUCGUGGCAUUUUGAGCCCACCGGGUUGCGUGACAGCAACUUAAGCGCAGCUUUUAGCCCAUGGACUCCCGCCAUCCGCCCAGAGACUAGUCGUUUAUUUCGUCGCUCCGCCAAUGACUAUUAUCUUUCACAAACAACCGGGUUUCGAAGUCAGAUUCAUGAUUUUUCCGGCUAUAGUGCCGUCCCGGCCGCAGGGAGGCUUGAGCUCCAAAGCUACGUUGCUAGAGAUAAUGAGAGUUCAUUUUCCGGAAGGAGUUAUUGUAAUUCUGGUGAAUAUAGCAACUUUAACCCUCAUGGGUUUUCAAAGUUGGAAGUGAUUAAAGAGGGGAGAGGUGGAAAUGGUAGUGUUCCUUUGGCUAUCAAAGAUGAGCUUAAUAUGUUUGAUUAUGAUCCCUUAAGAGAUCAAUAUCAUCAUCUUGGCUUGUCUCAUGGUGAUGAUCAUCAUCAUCAUCAUGGUCAUGGGCUAUCGCAUGGUGGGCAUCAUCAUGGUCAUGGCGUUUCACAUAUUGGACAUGAUCAUCACCACGGUGAGCAUUAUAGUCAUGGGCACGAUGGUCAUCAUGACAUUGUUAGUGUUUCGGCUAAUGAUGACGACGGCGAUGAGGAGGAGGAGGAUGAUGGGGAGCCAGCGAAGUCAGUUGGGCUGUUUAGCUUGUUCAGGUAUUCAACAAAGUGGGAUAUAGUUCUCGUGAUCUUGGGGUGUUUAGGUGCUUUCAUCAAUGGCGGAUCCCUUCCUUCGUAUUCUUAUCUUUUCGGAGAGUUUGUGAAUAAGAUUGCUACAGAAUCGUUAGACACUGACAAAACUCAGAUGAUGAAAGACGUAGGGCAGAUAUGUCUACUUAUGACUGGAUUAGCAGCAAUUGUGAUUGUUGGAGCAUACAUGGAGAUCACCUGCUGGAAAUUAGUUGGGGAGCGGUCUGCUCUACGGAUAAGAACAGAAUAUUUAAGAGCAGUUCUACGACAGGAUAUUAGCUUUUUUGACACAGAAAUAAGCACCGGUGAUAUUAUGCAUGGAAUUUCAAGUGAUGUUGCUCAAAUACAAGAAGUGAUAGGAGAGAAGAUGCCACACUUCAUUCACCAUAUAUUUAGCUUCAUUUGCGGCUAUGCUGUUGGGUUCUUCAGGUCGUGGAAAGUAUCUCUGGUAGUCUUUUCAGUCAUCCCAGUGACAAUGUUCUGUGGUAUUGCUUACAAAGCUGUUUACGUCGGUCUAGCGGCAAAAGAAGAGGUUUCCUAUCGGAGUGCUGGUCGAUUGGCAGAGCAAGCCAUCGGUUCGAUUAGAACAAUAUUUUCAUUCGUCGCAGAGGAUCAUUUGGCAGCAAGAUAUGCUGCAUUAUUGGAAAAAUCAGUGCCUUCGGGGGCAAGGAUGGGGUUUGCUAAGGGUGCAGGAAUAGGAGUUAUCUAUUUGGUUACGUAUUCAACAUGGGCAUUGGCUUUCUGGUAUGGAGCUAUAUUGGUUGUCAGGAAAGAGAUCUCUGGAGGAGCUGCCAUUGCUUGUUUCUUUGGUGUCAAUCUUGGGGGAAGGGGCUUGGCAUUGUCACUAUCAUACUUUGCUCAAUUUGCACAAGGCACUGUGGCAGCGAGCCGGGUGUUUGAAAUUAUAGACAGAGUUCCAGAGAUAGAUCCCUACAGCCUUGUGGGAAGGACACUCCGGACUGUUCGUGGAAGGAUUGAGUUCAGAGGUGUUACUUUCGCAUACCCAUCUCGUCCCAGUGAUCAAGUUCUCCAUUCUCUUCAUCUACUGAUUCCAUCUUGUAAGACUCUCGCAUUAGUUGGUGCCAGUGGAGGUGGCAAGUCCACCAUAUUUGCUCUUAUAGAGAGGUUCUACGAUCCCAUCAUAGGAACAAUCACCUUGGAUGAUCAUGAUUUAAGGACACUGCAAGUCAAGUGGCUAAGAGGUCAGAUAGGUAUGGUUGGUCAGGAGCCAGUUCUUUUUGCCACAACGAUACUAGAAAAUGUGAUGAUGGGGAAGGAGGACGCCACCAGGAAAGAGGCCACUUCUGCUUGCAUUGCGGCCAAUGCACACAGCUUCAUCACUGCCCUCCCACUAGGCUAUGAUACUCAGGUUGGAGACAGGGGGACACAACUCUCAGGUGGUCAGAAACAGAGAAUUUCGCUGGCUCGAGCCAUGGUGAAAGACCCUCGAAUCCUUCUCUUAGAUGAACCAACUAGUGCACUAGACCCUGAGUCUGAGUCUGCAGUCCAGCAAGCGAUUGACAAGAUUUCCUCUGGCCGAACCACAAUUGUCAUUGCUCACAGGCUAGCAACAGUUAGAAAUGCUCACGCCAUUGCAGUUCUCGACCGUGGCUCUGUUGUUGAGGUUGGCAACCACCGUCAGCUCAUGAACAAUGCCGGGGCCUACUAUAACCUUGUCAAGCUUGCUUCUGAUGAAGGUUCAAAACCCUUCUCAACACAAAAUCAUAGUCUUAAAGGGGAGGAGAUUUCUAUGUAUGAGCAAUCAGUUUAUGAUGUAUCGAGAUCAAAUUACUUGAAGUCUACGCAAAAGGAAGAGCAAAACGAGAUGGAAGAAGAACAAAAAACAAAGCUAAGAAAAUAUGAACUUUCAGAAGUUUGGAACUUACAGAGACCAGAAACUGCGAUGCUAUUAUUAGGAUUUCUGUUGGGUAUUCUGGGAGGCGCAAUUCUGUCUGCUUUUCCUUUAAUUCUUGGGCAGGCCCUUGAAAUCUACUUCGGCGACUCAUCAAAGAUUGAAAGAAAAGUUGGUUACCUUAGUUUGGGAGUUGUUGGGCUUGGUUUUGGGUGUAUAAUCUCCAUGACAGGGCAGCAAGGUUUGUGUGGCUGGGCUGGAGCGAAGCUAACAAUGAGGGUGAGAGACCUCUUAUUCCAAUCUAUAUUAAAGCAAGAACCAGGUUGGUUUGAUUUCGCUGAAAAUUCGACUGGAAUACUUGUCUCAAGGCUCUCAAUUGAUUGUGUUAGUUUUCGUUCGGUCCUCGGAGAUCGAUUAUCAGUCUUAUUGAUGGGGUUGAGUUCAGCUGCAGUUGGCCUUGGUGUGUCAUUUUACCUGGAAUGGCGACUAACCCUUUUGGCUGCAGCUCUUACUCCUUUCACCCUCGGUGCAAGCUACUUGAGCUUGAUGAUAAGUAUUGGACCAAGACUUAAUAACAACUCCUUUGUCAAAGCUAGUAAUAUUGCUUCUGGUGCAGUUUCAAACUUUAGAACAGUCACAACAUUUUCUGCUCAAGAACAGUUAGUUAAGUCAUUCGACCAAGCUUUAUCAGAGCCCAAGAGAAAAUCUGAGAGAAGGUCACAAGUUUUAGGUCUAACACUUGGCUUCUCUCAAGGUGCCAUGUAUGGAGCAUAUACCUUAGUUCUUUGGUUUGGCGCAUUCCUUGUAAAAAAAAAUAUAACAAGCUUUGGGGAGGUGUAUAAGAUAUUUCUCAUUCUUGUUUUGAGCUCCUUUUCAGUUGGACAAUUAGCUGGUCUAGCCCCAGACACUUCAUUGGCUGCAGCAGCAAUUCCAGCAGUUCUCGACAUCAUUAAUCGUAGGCCAUUGAUUGGUGACCAUAAAAAUAAAGGUAGAAAGAUCGAACGGUCGAAGCCGUUGGGUAUUGAGUUUGAAAGGGUGACAUUUGCAUACCCAUCUAGGCCGGAGGUGAUUGUUUUGAGUGAUUUCUGCUUAAAGGUCAAAGGUGGAAGCAUGGUGGCUUUGGUGGGGGGAAGUGGGUCAGGAAAAUCGACAGUGAUAUGGUUGGUGCAAAGGUUUUAUGAUCCAAUUCAAGGGAAGGUAAUGAUGGGAGGAAUUGAUUUGAGGGAAAUUGAUGUCAAGUGGUUGAGAAGGCAAACAGCUUUGGUGGGUCAAGAGCCUGCACUCUUUGCUGGGAGUAUAAGAGAAAAUAUUGCAUUUGGGGACCGAAAUGCUUCGUGGGCUGAGAUUGAAGAGGCUGCAAAGGAAGCUUACAUUCACAAGUUCAUUAGUGGCCUCCCCCAAGGCUAUGAAACUCAGGUUGGGGAGAGCGGGGCGCAGCUUUCGGGCGGUCAGAAACAAAGGAUUGCAAUAGCAAGGGCUAUACUGAAGAAAUCAAGGGUGCUACUGCUAGAUGAAGCAAGCAGUGCACUGGAUUUGGAAUCAGAGAAGCAUGUCCAAGAUGCACUGAGGAAGGUUGCAAAGCGAACCACCACAAUCGUAGUGGCACACCGCCUUUCAACGAUCAGAGAGGCCAAUAUGAUUGCUGCUGUGCGAGAUGGUGCGGUCGUGGAGUAUGGGAGCCAUGACGCACUCAUGAAUUCCCAUCAUAACGGUGUGUAUGCCAGCUUGGUUCGUGCAGAAACUGAAGCCAAUGCAUUUUCUUGAGCCAUAUAUUCAUCUCAUCAAGUUUGCUCCCCAGGAAUUUGCAAAAGGGAAGCAGUCUGUAUGCAGAGAAAAGAGCCAACUUUAGCCUCAUUUUGUCAUUGAACAUCAUUUUGUAAUUUUAUCCAUUGUGAUUCAUACUAUGGCAGACAAUUUUGGGCACGAUGCGUGAAUCUAACACGAAGUUAAAGGGCUAAGGUUAAGUUUAAAA